AUGCUCUCCGCCGGCGAACGCCCGCAGCCCGCCAUGAAGAACAAGGGCGCGGUGGUCGACACCCCCCUCAACAUCAACCACACCACCACCAACCCCAUGUGGGCGGACCAAACCCAGCCGCAGCCUCCGGCUCAACCGCGGCAGCAGAUCCAACACAUCUGGGUGGUGACGGGGCCCGCCGGGUGUGGGAAGAGCACCGUCGGGCGCGGCCUGCAGGAAGAACUGGGGGUACCGUUCUUAGAAGGCGAUGAUUUCCACCCGGCCUCCAACAAGACGAAGAUGAGCAACGGGGUGCCGCUGACGGACGCGGACCGAUGGGACUGGCUGAUCUCGCUGCGGCAGGCGGCGAUCUCGGCGCUGUCGCCGUCGGAGGCGAACGGCUACCGGCCGCCGACGGGGGUGGUGGUGGCCUGCUCGGCGCUGAAGAAGAAGUACCGGGACGUGAUGCGCGUGGCCGCGUACGGGUCGCCCUCGGUGCAGAUCCACUUCAUCUACCUCAAGGUCGACCCGACGGCGCUGCUGCAGCGCGUGACGCAGCGGCAGGCCCACUACAUGAAGAGCAGCAUGGUGCAGUCGCAGCUGAUGGACCUGGAGGAGCCGGUGGUCGGGGACGAGUGGGACGCGCUGAUCGUGGACGUGCACGCGGGCCAGGCGGAGGUGCUGCAGGAGGUGAUUGCCCUGGUGCGGGAUGCGCUGGUCAAGUACCAGCAUAGCUAG